CCCCCUGGGCCGGCCGAAAGGGGCGUCGCCGCCGCCACCAUCGCCAUGGCCGGUUGUUGUCAGUCCCUGGCAGCGGGUUAUGGCGACGGCGGUGAAUGAAUUCUCCGGGCGGCCGAGGGAAGAAGAAGGGCUCAGCCGGCUCCAGUUCCGCGCCUCCGACCGCCGGCCCCUCUCCCUCCUCGCCGCCCGGGCCGGCGCCCCCCGUGCCGCCGGCGGGGGCGGCGGCGGCGGCGUCCCCGCACAAGCGGAACCUGUACUACUUCUCGUACCCGCUCUUCGCCGCCUUCGCCCUGCUCCGCUUCGUCGCCUUCCAGCUCGGGCUGCUCUUCGCCUGGCUCUGCGAGCGCCUCUCCCGCGGCGCCCUCAUGGCCGCCAAGGGCAGCAGGGCCGGGGCCGGCGACGCGCCCGAGCCCGGCGGGGCGCCCGAGACGGUGCGGGCGUGCCACAAGCGGGCCUUCGAGUGCAUCUCCAUGGCUCUGCGCAUCGACGAGGACGAGACAGGACAAAAGGAACAAGCUGUUGAAUGGUAUAAGAAAGGAAUUGAAGAACUGGAAAAAGGAAUAGCUGUCUUAGUAAUUGGUCAAGGUGAUCAGUGUGAACGGGCUCGACGUCUCCAAUCUAAAAUGAUGACAAAUUUGGCAAUGGCCAAGGAUCGGUUGCAGCUUUUAGAGAAGCUGCAGGCAGUUUUGCAAAUUUCCAAGCCGCAAAUGGAGGUCUAUAAUGACAGUACUAACCUGGCAUGCCGCAAUGGACAUCUCCAGUCAGAAAGUGGAGCAGUUCCAAAAAAGAAGGACCCCCUAACACACACAAGUAAUUCCCUUCCUCGCUCAAAGACUGUUGCAAAAUCCGGAUCCACAGGCCUUUCAGGUCACCACAGAACGCCCAGCUACAGUGGGGUAUCAUCAUCUGUGUCUAGACCAGCACCUAAUCCUACACCUUCAGCUCACAAGGCUGCCCCUAAAAAUAGCAGAACCAAUAAGCCUUCUACUCCUACCACUGCUCCUCGAAAAAAGAAAGACACAAAGAUAUUUAGAAAUGUGGACAGCAAUCUUGCUAAUCUUAUCCUAAAUGAAGUUGUUGAUAGUGGGCCAGCUGUCAAAUUUGAUGAUAUCGCAGGGCAGGAACUGGCUAAACAAGCUUUGCAAGAAAUUGUUAUCCUUCCUUCUCUUAGACCUGAGCUAUUUACAGGUCUGAGAGCUCCCGCACGUGGUUUGUUGCUGUUUGGCCCACCAGGAAAUGGGAAGACAAUGUUGGCCAAAGCAGUUGCUGCAGAAUCAAAUGCUACUUUCUUUAACAUCAGUGCGGCGAGUCUGACUUCAAAAUAUGUGGGUGAAGGGGAGAAACUGGUGCGUGCUCUGUUUGCAGUAGCCAGAGAACUUCAACCUUCUAUAAUUUUUAUUGAUGAAGUUGAUAGCCUUUUGUGUGAAAGACGAGAAGGUGAACAUGAUGCUAGCAGGCGUCUAAAAACAGAAUUUUUAAUAGAAUUUGAUGGUGUGCAGUCUUCUGGAGAGGACAGAAUACUUGUGAUGGGAGCAACAAACAGGCCUCAGGAGCUUGAUGAUGCUGUUCUCAGACGCUUCACCAAACGGGUAUAUGUGUCUUUACCAAACGAGGAGACAAGACUGAUUUUGCUAAAAAAUCUUCUAAGCAAGCAAGGAAGUCCAUUAACCCAAAAAGAGUUGGCUCAACUAGCUAGAAUGACAGAUGGAUACUCUGGAAGUGACCUAACUGCAUUAGCGAAGGAUGCAGCACUAGGCCCCAUUCGAGAAUUAAAACCAGAACAGGUGAAGAACAUGUCUGCCAGUGAGAUGAGAAAUAUCAAGCUGUCAGAUUUCACAGAAUCUCUGAAGAAGAUCAAGCGCAGUUUGAGCCCUCAGACCCUGGAAGCGUACAUUCGCUGGAACAAGGACUUUGGAGAUACCACAGUGUGAGACACUACUUGAAGUGAAACACUGCUGCCUGGGGAGCAGCUGGUGCAGAAAACUGGGAAGCAGCCAGAGUUUACAGGACUUUACAGAUAUUUAAAUAUCUGCAUUAAAACUUGAGAUUAAGAGAAAAUUAUACAAUGUGAAAUGUGUUCAUCAUCAAAGCCUCCUUGCCAUUUAGUGAGGAUUUACACACUGUAAGAAAGAGCACAACAGGACUUGAGAUAAGUAAGAUUCCUAGCAAUCUGAUUCUGGUUUGAACAUUAAUAUAUGUAUAUUGUUUCUGCUACAGGGCUCUGAUGAUAUUGAUCAUUGGAGGAUCUUUCUCUAUGUUGUGUGUGUGUUUUUUUUGUUUUUAAUUUUGCCAUGACGUUGAUGAACAAUGAACUUGGAACAAUGAUGUUCAAUUUGAGGUUUGUAAACUGCAGUUCAUUUUUUUUGACUUUUUUUAUCCUUAAUGUGCCAAAUAAAACAAUUUCCCUGUGCAGAGUGGAAGAACAGCAUUGGGGAAUUACGAUUAUUAAAAUGUUACAAGUAGCUGGUCUGUUAUUAUUUGUCUUUUUGUUUUGUUGUAAUGUGACUGAGUUGUUCACAGGACAGGUUUAAAGAAGACCUUUGAUAGCAGAACAGCAAAAGACCCCAACCUUAUAAAACCAAUUCAAACUGCCUUUUAAAAGAAAAAUUACUAAAUAAAAGAAUAGACUGAGAUACUCAUUUA